AUGCAGCCGGCGGUUUUGUUCCAGAAUGCUACAGCCACGCCACAGUUACUGCAGUCGUCUGCAGUGGAGACGCCACGUAGUGCAGCAGUUCCCAUUUUUCCGCUUAAUCUGUCAUCGUCUUUACCAAGUCAGCAGCAGCAGCAAGCCCCAGUAGUUACCGCUGGGACGACUGCUGGAAAGGACGCUUCGCUUUUUAGUAAUCCUCCAGCAGCUACAACAACAGUCUCCUCCAGUGCAUUUUCUGGCAUACUACCGGCAGCAAUACCAAAAACCGCGGAAGCAAAAACUCCAGUAGUGGAUGAAACAGGAGGUAAAGUUACCGCUUCC